CCAAUGUGCAUGGCCGUUGCUGGCAGGUGAGGAAGCUGUGCUGUGAGGGGUGCAGCGGUGGCAGCGGCCCAGGCAUGGGCAGCUCGUGCUCUUCUUCUCUCUUGACCUGAUCCCACCUUGCUUUCCCGGCAGGCGAUGGCGGGCACUUCCCGGGACGUGGAAAUCUGCGACGAGGCCGUAAGGGGCACCUGCGACGACGCCUCCCUCUGCAAGCGAUAUGCAGUAAACGUUGGCUACUGGAAGGAUCCUUACCUUGAUUAUUUUGUGAGGCUGCCAAAAGAAAGGAAGGCGCCUGAAAUCAGCCGUGGGUAUUAUGCCCGUGUCCAGGGCGUUGGCCUCUUACUUAAGGCUUUCUUGCAGAAGACGGAAUGCAACUGCCAAAUUAUCAACCUGGGGGCUGGCAUGGACACUCUGUUCUGGAAAUUAAAGGAUGAGAAUCUGCUUCCAAUAAAAUAUUUUGAAGUUGACUUCCCAUCUAUAGUCACAAGGAAAAUCCACAACAUCAAAUCAAAACCUCCCUUGUCAAAACCAAUUAUGGAAAGCCAUUCAGGGGAGUCUCUUCUAAUGGAUGCUCAUAGCCUGGACUCCAGCCGCUACGCCAUUGUCGGUGCAGAUCUCCGAGAGCUGUCCAAACUAGAGGAAAAGCUGAAGAAAUGCAACAUGGAUCCAUAUUUGCCAACUCUCCUGUUGGCAGAAUGCGUCCUGAUCUAUAUGACCCAAGACCAUUCUGCGAACCUCCUCAAGUGGGUGGCUGGCAUGUUCCAGACCGCCAUGUUUAUCAACUACGAGCAGGUGAAUAUGUCUGAUCGAUUUGGGCAGAUCAUGGUUGAGAACUUGCAGAGCCGGAAGUGCAGCCUGGUUGGUGUGGAUGGCUGCAAAUCUCUGGAUUCCCAGAAGGAACGUUUCCUGCAAAACGGCUGGGAAACAGCAAAUGCCAUCGAUAUGAUGAAAGCCUACAAUUGCUUGCCGAAAGAUGAUGUCAGAAGGAUAGAAGCACUUGAGUUUCUGGAUGAGAAGGAACUGCUUGAACAGCUCAUGCAACAUUACUGUCUGUGCUGGGCUACCAAGGACUCCAGUAACCUGGGCCUUGCGGAGAUUGCUCUAUAGUGCAUUUGCUCCAGUGGAGCUCAAGGCGAAUCUGCUGCCCCCUCCUGGUGGGGCUCUGCAUGCAUCAGUGCCAGCCUGCCUGCCAGCCUUCCAUCGCUGGUGUCCUGGAGAACUUGAGCAGUGGAGCAUUUUGCAGGGACAGUCCCUCUCACUGCCGGCCCCGAGUCAUCUUGCCAUGUUUCAGAUAAACCCCCAGUUUUGCAAGCAACUGAAUAACAAGACUCUUCCCUUUUCUGCCUGCUCCUGGGACCUGUUCUUUGGAAUUACUACAGAAAGGAGCGUUUCGUGUUUUUCGGAUGUGUUAAAUGGUGGAAGUCUGGUGGUCCAAACGUGCUCAUCCUCUCUGUUGCAUUGGGCUAGGGAAGGUUGGUUGAGCCACUCUUGGGAGGGAGUGGAACAUACUGGUUGGAAAUAUAUGUUCAUAUUUUC